AACCGUGGACCGCAUACACUGUCAACUGUGGUUGUGCUCUGGAAACAGAUGAAAAUAAUUUCCAUCCAGACGGUGAGAGAAUCUCUGUGCGUUCUGUGAUAGAGAAACAUCCUGUUGUCUUGGCCAAGGUGCUGCACCUCAACUGUUACAAUUCCAGUCCAUCGGUCGAUUCGUCCUUCGAGUGCAGGAUAUCUGUUAGGAUCAUCUUUCAUACAGUGUUAAAGUGUAAAGUGCAAGGAAAAAAGAGCGAAAAUGGAUAGUUUUCUGGGAAGCUCUGACAGUGGUGUUCCGAAGGAUUUGGGCGAGUUGCCAAAGGAAAAAUUUGGUGACCUCAUAACGGACCACUCCCGUUUUCCCAGUGGUGAAGAAAAAUCAGACAUUUCACAAAAAUUUCCACCAGAGGUAGAUCUACUGGGUGAUUCCUUCACGAUGCCGUCUACCCAUACUGCGCCGGACAACAAAGUGCUGGAGAAAGAAAAAGAAAACUUUGAUGACUUCUUUAUGGGAGUAGAGGAAAAGAUCAAUUCCCAGCCAGCAGCAUCUCCAAUAAACAAUCUCAUCGAUGUUCUUGAGCCAGAUAUGUUCGAUCCAAAGAAGAAAUCCCACAACGAACCAGAGAAGCCUCUGUUUACCGAUUCCGCUCCAUUCGGUGCUGGUCCAGAUGAGCUAGUACAUGUGAAAGAUGAAAUUGAAAGUGAUUACAUGAACCCGUAUGCAGAGGUUCGUACCAUCCCAGUACAAAGCCAGAAGGUCGAAGAACCAGCAGCUGUUUCUGCAGCCUUCACCAAAGAUGAUAUAUUUGACGACUUUGUUAGUCACACCAAAAAUGACCAAUUCGAUGAACCUAUGUUCGAUGAUUCAUCAUCAUCAGCUGCUGUUGUUACCGCUCCUGUAGUUCCCAUUCCCGCUCCUGUUGAAGUACCAUCUCCAGCGCCUGUUGUCCCCGAACCGGUAGAGGAUCUCAAACCAAAAACUCCCGUUGAACCACCGCAAGAGAAUUCGAAACCACCACCAUCUAUUUCAUCGUCCAAUGACCAGUGCAUUCAAGCGGAGAAGAUAUUCAAAAAAAUCGGUUUGGAUGCUUGGUUCAAGCCGGAAAAGCUGCACCCAGUAGUGGAAUCCCUGAUCUACUGGCGCGAUAUAAAGAAAUCCGGCGUCGUGUUCGGUGCUGGCCUGACCAUCCUGAUUGCCAUGUCGCUGUUCUCGUUGAUCAGUGUAUUUUCCUAUGUGUCUCUGUUGGCCCUGUUCGGUACCGUCUCGUUCCGGAUCUACAAGAACGUACUGCAGGCAGUGCAAAAGACCUCCGAGGGACAUCCUUUCAAAGAAUACCUAGAUACUGAUUUGGCAUUAUCCCAGGAAAAGGUACAACAGCUGAGCACAGUGGCCGUGGCACAUGUUAAUGCCCUGCUGACGGAACUGCGCCGUUUGUUCCUGGUGGAAGAUUUGGUUGAUUCCAUUAAAUUUGGUGUUGUCCUGUACUGUUUAACAUAUGUUGGUGCCAUCUUCAAUGGAAUGACGUGCGUCAUCAUUGCAUUCGUCGCACUGUUCACCUUGCCAAAGGUCUACGAAAACAACAAGCAGUCCAUUGACGCUUACUUGGAACUGGUCAGAAGCAAAAUUCUGGAGGUUUCCGAUAAGAUAAAGGCAGCCGUUCCCAUUGGAAAGAAGGCCGAGUCCGAGAAAGAUAAAUAAGAUGGUGUAGUUUAUACUCGUAAAAGAAUCACUUUUUAUUUUUUUAUUUAUUGAACUAUUAACAAAAAAUGGAGAAAGAAUGAAAACUAAACUAAACGAAAAAUUCGAACGUUUUAUUCCCACGCAAAUUUAUUGUUUAAAAUGUAUUCGUUUUAACGCCAAGUACUACUGAUAUGAACCAUGAAAUCUAAAUACUGAACGAUUUAAAGUUAAGCAGAUUACCAAGAUUGCGAUAAGAAGAAUAAACAAAUAAAAAAUUAAGAUUAACUUUCCUUUGCCUUUAUUUUGUCCUCGUGAUUAUUCAAUGGAUCAAAACAAAAACUCUCACACACUCAUAGCAAAAGAUAUGCGUAGUAGUAAUAGCUGUAAUAAUCCAAACAAAGCUCUUUAAAUAGAAGGAAGUCGAAAACAAAACUGAGAUUGACACUCAAUAAACAAGUUUAAAACAACUCAAAUCCUUUUCGAAGUAUCAUUUUUUUCUGGAAAUAGUAGCAAAAGUAAACUCACUCAUUCGGAACACUCACCUGAAGUUCACUCAUCAAUCGAAGUCAACACCACAAACUCGGUUUAAAUGUUUAUCAAAACAGUCUAAGUAUUACCAGUACAGAAAGAAGCAGAUAUCGUCAAGAUUGAUUUUUUUAAAUCUCAUAACCAUCGUUAAGGUUUUCCAUUGACAGUCCCUGUUUCCGUUAUCCAUUUUGUUUUCUUUUGUGAGGUUGUGAUCAUUAUUUCGUUCGCGUGAUAUAUUUCUUCAACGAAUCCAGUUUAGAAUUCAAGCAGGAGAAGGAAAUUCUAGCCCGCAUUUUACGCCUACCAUGUUUUUGGUUGUUCCAAUUUGAAUUCGGUAUUUUAGAUUCACGCUUUUAAUCGGGAUUGUGAAAUUGUUUGUGCAAGAGACAUAAUUCGCUUAAAUCGGUGUAAAGUGAUUGAAACCAGCAAGAAAAGUCGCUAUAUUCAUAUUUGUAAUUGUAAUUCGUAAGAUUAAGAGCUUGUUUGAAGUGGAGCGAAGCAAAGCAAAGCAAAGCAAGAAACCUAAAUGCAACAAAACACGCGUCGUCGAAUCUCUAAGCUAAUUCUGUUGAAAUAAAAGAAAUCCUGUGCAUUAUUUAAGCAAAAUAUAAAAAAAGUAAAUAUCGAAUCUUUUUCGUUACUCGUUAUCGUAAGAGUUUGUUUUAGCCUAAAUAAACAGAAACCAUUUUUCGAUUCACCUUUUUCUAGAAGUAAAUUGGAGAAGCAAAGCAAAUCGUAGCAUGUACAUGAAUAUACUUCAUAACAAGCACAUACACGAAGAAAAAAAAACAAAAUGCUUAAAAACUUUAUUAUUAUAAUUCAUUAUUGAAGCGAAGGUAAGAGGAAAACAACAAAACAAAACAACUAUAUAAGAAAAUUGUCAUCAAUGCAAAAGAAUGAAGUAAUAAAGUGGAAAAUGAGAAACUGAACAACAGAGACAAAAUCAGUUAAAUGAACCUAUAACUUUGCGAAGUAUAAAUGUUUUGCCCAUACAUAGAUAGUAAAUAAAACAGCUAAGCAUUUUUCUGAUGAAAGUUUUUCAUCGGCGAACUCUUUCA